AUGCACAAGACUUCUUUGAAUGAGGAAAGAAGCUUCGCAGUAGCACCAAUUGCCUCGUCUAAAGACUCAGCACAGUACAUCUACGAAUGGCUAAGCGCUGUUGAUGAGCUCUGGGUUGACUUCCAGGACAUCCUCUGCCAAAUACAGGCACCAGAACUAAAAGAAUUCAGCGCCAGUUUCCUCCUCCGUCAGGAGUGGCGAGAUCCACGCUUAAAAUAUGACGAUCUGAAUAGAAGUAUCGUUAUCAGCGAGAAACGUCUCGACUCGCUGUGGGUGCCUGACUUGUAUUUCCCCAAUUCCAAACGAGCAAGCAGACAUGAAAUCACUACCCCAAAUGUCUUGAUUCUCCUGUCUCCUGACGGAACCAUUUUGUACUCGCAAAGGUUGUCUGUGACGCUAGCAUGUCCCAUGAACCUCAUCAACUUCCCCAUGGAUAAGCAAACCUGUCACAUCGACAUGGAAAGUUACAGCCACACGUCAACAGAUAUCUACUACGAAUUUGCGACUGAACGGGAUGCUGUGGACAGCCGCCCGGGGGUACAGAUUCCAGAUUUUCUGAUAACCGACGUGACAGUGGGGAAUUGCCAAAACAAAUACACGACCGGAGCCUACACAUGUCUCAGGGUUGACGUCAGUAUAGAAAGAGAGAUCGGCUUCUACGCUACACAGACCUACGUCCCAAGCAUCCUCAUCGUCGUGUUGUCCUGGGCCUCGUUCUGGAUCGACCACGAGGCAGUUCCCGCCAGAAUCUCCGUGGGGCUCCUAACAGUGCUCACCAUCACCACCCAGAGCUCAGGUGCGCGCGCACAACUUCCCAGGGUUCCUUACGUGAAGGCCAUCGACGUGUGGAUGUCGGCGUGCCUGGUGUUUGUGUUUGCCGCCUACAUGGAGUAUGCUGUCGUCACGGUGAUGUUCCGACGACACAAGAAGGUGCUGAAACAGGACGAUUCCAUAUCUCAGCUUAACCAGUUAACCAAAGAACCAUCACGGGAUGAGGUGAAGACCGGAAAUGGAAAACCGGAAAUGCGCAAUGCUGACUACUCCAAAGACAGAAGCAGACAAGUCGAUAACAUUUCCAAAUACGGAUUUCCGAUUUCCUUCCUUGUAUUCAACAUCGUGUAUUGGGUGUAUUACUUACACCUCGCCUGACUGGACCCACGCAAG